GCGCGAUUGUAUUUUAUUUUGUGUGGUUUUGUUGUUGUUUUGUUUAUUAUGCAUUUCUUUUUUAUUGUUUGAGUUCGCGAGUUGUGCGUCGGCAUUUCAAUUGAGUCCGCGGCAUUUCGGCAGCUGUGGCCAAUAACUGCAUGGCGGGAUAAAAAUUAAAUAAAAAAGGCGACGAAAAUCCAAAUAAAUGUGCAAUGUGCGUCAAGUUAAUAGCAACACAAACGAACAAUUAUUGCUAACGUAAUCGGAAUCGAGGCACACAAAAACAUUCCAUGCAUCACCAGCAGCGCCUGCGGGCAAAUGGCGGACGAGGAGGAGGAGGAGGAGGAUUGGGAUCGGUAACGGGAACGGUAACGGGAACUGGAGGACAUGCGGCGCCAGGAUAUCCGCCAAUGUGCGCCCAUUGCCGUGGCCAACUGCUGCCCCAUCCGGAGGAGCCCAUCGUGAUGGCCUUGGGCCAGCAAUGGCACUGCGAUUGCUUCCGCUGCUCCGUUUGCGAGGGCCACCUGCACAACUGGUACUUCGAGCGCGAGGGUCUACUGUACUGCCGGGAGGACUACUACGGCCGCUUCGGCGAUGCCUGUCAACAGUGUACGGCCGUAAUAACGGGACCCGUAAUGGUCGCCGGCGAGCACAAGUUCCAUCCGGAGUGCUUCUGCUGCGCCGCCUGUGGGGCCUUCAUCGGCGAGGGGGAAUCCUAUGCUCUGGUCGAACGAUCGAAGCUCUACUGUGGCCAGUGCUAUGGCAAGAGGUCCUGCCAGCCGGCGGACGCCAAAGCGCGCAUCACGACGGCCGGCAAGCCGAUGCACUCCAUCCGACUGGUCGAGAUCCCCAAGGACGCCACGCCGGGUCUCCGGGUGGAUGGUGUGGCCCUCGACGACGGCUGUCCCACGGUCCGCAUUACAGACUUGUUCUGUAACUUCUUCUUCUGGCUGACCUCGAUGGCUGAGCAAUGCUGUGGUGCCUCCUAUAGGAUCGAUGUGAAUCUAACGAACUUGCACAUUGGCGACCGAAUCUUGGAGGUGAACGGCACACCAGUUAGCGAUUCCUCGGUGGAACAGAUCGACAAGCUCAUCCGGAGCAACGAGAAGAUGCUGCAGCUCACCGUGGAGCAUGAUCCGGUCCAGGUGUGCCGUUCGUGCAGCCAGGCGGACAUCCAGCGAGCCAUGUCCGCGUCCACGUUAAUCCUGCCGCUCAGCACAUCGGCCUCCAGCGUGGAGGUGGGCAGGGAACGGCUUUACAAGACGCCCGGCGAUCAGGGUUCCAAGGCGAGAAAGCUCCGCCAGGCCACCAAUGCAUCGGCCACCAUUCCGCCAGCAGCAGGAGCAGGAGCGGGCGCAGGAUCUAUAGCGAUGACGCAGCUGAAGGAGAAGGAGCGCUGCUCCAGUCUGUCCAAGCUGCUGGACGAACAGCACCAGGCGCAACAGCACUCGGCGCAUCCGCAACUCUACGAUCUGUCGCGAACCCAAUCCUGUCGAGUGGUCCAGAAACCGCAGAGAAUCUUUCGCGCCUCCGACUUGGUCAUUGGCGAAAAGCUGGGCGAGGGCUUCUUCGGCAAGGUGUUCAAGGUGACCCAUCGUCAGAGCGGCGAGGUGAUGGUCCUCAAGGAGCUGCAUCGCGCCGACGAGGAGGCCCAGCGGAAUUUCAUCAAGGAGGUGGCCGUGCUUCGAUUGCUGGACCACCGGCAUGUGCUGAAGUUCAUCGGGGUGCUCUACAAGGACAAGAAGCUGCACAUGGUCACGGAAUACGUGGCCGGUGGUUGUCUCAAGGAGCUCAUCCACGACUCGGCGCAAACGCUCUCCUGGCCGCAGCGCGUCUGCCUGGCCAGGGACAUCGCCUGCGGCAUGAGCUACCUGCACUCGAUGAACAUCAUCCACCGGGAUCUGAACUCGAUGAACUGCCUGGUGCGCGAGGAUCGAUCGGUGAUUGUGGCGGACUUUGGACUGGCGCGCAGUGUGGAUGCACCGCGUCUGCCAGGUGGCGUGAGCUCCUCGGAUCGGGGUGGCGGUGGCACUCCAGGUGGCUAUGGAUCGGGAGCUGGCAGCGAUGCUGCCAUGUCGCCAGGUGGAACUCUAAGGCGCAGCAAGAGCAGGCAGCGAAGACAGCGCUACACGGUGGUUGGAAAUCCCUACUGGAUGGCACCCGAGAUGAUGAAGGGCCUCAAGUACGAUGAGAAAGUGGAUGUCUUCUCCUUUGGCAUUAUGUUGUGUGAGAUAAUCGGACGCGUGGAAGCUGAUCCCGAUUUUAUGCCCCGCAACUCGGACUUCAGCCUCAAUCAGCAGGAGUUUCGCGAGAAGUUCUGCGCCCAGUGUCCCGAGGCCUUUGUCAAGGUGGCUUUUGUAUGCUGUGACCUCAAUCCUGAUAUGCGUCCCUGUUUCGAAACCCUGCACAUCUGGCUCCAAAGGCUGGCCGAUGAUCUGGCCGCCGAGCGGUUGCCGCCCGAGCGAUUGCUGCACGAGAUCGAGAACUUCCAGGAGUGGUACGCCAGCUCCGAAGAUGUCCUGUCGCCCACUUCCCAGCGCAGUUUGAACAACCUCGACGAGCUGGUGAAGAUUGCCGUGGAAUCGGACGUAUUGCCGGUGGAGAAGGAGAAGGAGAACCUGGUGAUCAAGCCGCAGGAUAUACCAAAGUCACCGCAUCUCGGCAAGGACUUCUCGCCCAGUGGCGAGCGAUUGAGGGACAGUAUGCGAGCGAGGCGCCGCCAGCGCUUCCUGGGCGCCCAGGAGGAGCGGCGCAAUCUCACACCCGAAACCGAAUCCAAGGAAAGAGCUCUAAAACAGGCGCUGAGGAAGUGCCGUCCGUUUGGGGAACGUGGCUACCUGGUGGACCUGCGACCUGGGGCCGAAUUACAGCUGCAGGAUGUGCGGGAUCUGAACACCUAUUCCGAUGUGGACUCCAGUUGCGAUACGAGUCUCAAUUACCAGGAGGUGAAUAGUCUGCCAGCAGCUGCAGAGGACGAGAAGCCAACGAAGUCGAGCAGGGAGGAUCUGGAGGAGAGCGCAACCAGAACGGACUCCCAGCACCGACUGGCCAUCGACGACAUGCGCAAUCGGUUGCACCAGUGCCGCAGCAAGUUCGAGCACUUGGAGGAGGCCAGCAGGCGGAACUUCAACCAGUCGCAGCACUCGAUGCGCAACUUCUUCAAAACCCCACCAGUGGCCUUAAAGAUGUUCCAGCGCCUGGAGCACGAGGCGGCAGCACUGAACGGUGGCAACAAUUGCCCACCGCCGCCUCCGCGAACGCAGCGCAUCAACCAGACGCCGAUAUUCGGUCGGAAGAAUCCACCGGUGGCAAGUGUGGCUCAAAAGCUGCAGCAUGCCGAAUCGCUGGAGCAUUUGGCCUCCAGCGGGAUUAGCAAACAGUCGACCACGCCGGCGCCCAAGAGGAGCAAAGCCACCGCCACGACAAGAGGUCAGAGCAACAGUGGCAGUAGUGAACUGCCAUUGCCACUCUUCCUGCCGCCUGCCAGCAAUGGCCACCUGACCACCAGUAGCAGCUGUCCGCCAUCCUCCGCUCUCGACUGGCUGCCCAAGAAGCACAAGCUGACGCUGCCACUCCCUCCGCCCUCGCAAGCGCCGCCGCAGCUGCCGCCGCAGCGAACGGGGAACAAUCACCGCCUGCCGUCGUCGAGCAACAGCAAGGGCAAGCCACUGAAGCCGCCGCCCAGUCGAGCAGGCUCGCAAGGGAUCCCCGCCAGCCAUUGCGUCUCGCCGACCAGGAACAGCAGGCCCGCGUCUCCCACCAAGCACUUGGCUCAAAGGCACACUGCCUCCACGGCACAGCGACUGACUAAUGCGGUCGCAGCACACCAGCAGCAGCAGCAGCAGCAAUCCUCGAAGACGACCCGCCUGAAUAUCCUGAGUCCGGAGAAGGUGCAUCGCCUGGGAGCCCGUCUCAGUGAUCAGAAGCAGAAGAUGCGCGAAGAGGCAGCGGCGCAGGCGGCAGGAAGUGCUCCAACGCCUGCACCGGGAGCCGCAAACGGUCACCUUCAAGGUCAUCGGACAGGGGCCUCCGGAUCGACGAACUCGGCAGGUGGCGAUAGGAGACGACGAGCAGCACCACCGCCUCCGGUUCGCACGCAUUUCAAUACCCGCUGUUAGCCGGUGACAUUUUGACCUGCUCUAAAUCCGCACACUCGAUUGUCAAAAUGUUGUGCGCAGUGUAUUUAUUGUUCCACUCAGGGAGCUCUUGCAAGCAGUGUUAUGUGCCACUGAAUAACUGUUGUAUAAGCCUAACUUUUUGAACUACUUAACUGUUGUAACUCGUAAUACUGCUCGCUUUUUGUAUCGUACAGAAAAUAGCCAUAUUCCUACUAUUCCACCAUCUAAGCAUAAUACGACUAAAUUUCUGUUCUUCAUUUGGUGUAACUAAGAGUUUAUACAAAAUAAUUCAAAAGAACCAGUGAACCGUACCACUGUUAUUAACGCAACUGUUAUACGCACAUGACAUGAAAUCAACAUUCCAACAAAGUCCAGAAAUCAAGUACGAAAAACGCAAAAUAAAUUUAAAACGAACAGCGAACUAUAGCGACACUUUUGGAAUUGAAGACUUAAAAGAGAAGAACCAGUAUGUGGAAUAACCAGAAAUCGAUUCCAAAAGCGGCAUUCGACGACAGUUUUAAAAACCGUCGAAAAGAGAAGCAAAAUUAUGGAGAUGCAGCUACGAAUAUAACAGUGAUGCUCAAAGAAAGCCCAACGAAAACUGUUAUACCCAGCUCUCUAUAGAAAGUGUUUAUUUUUUUGUUUCUAACAUUCGAUUUUAUGUUUAGACUAAAAGAAGGUUAAGUGCCUGUUAAGAAGAAAACCAACAAGUUGCAAUAUUUACAUAGAUUGUAUUACCCAAGCGAAUAAUUAUAGUAUUUAAGAUUACAGGGUAACAAAACUGUUCCGACUAAUCUAACGAACUCAACUAAAUAUGCUAAGCAAUUACUUUUUUUUAACCCACUAUUGUCUAACAUAAAGUUAUAUCGAGAAAGAGAUAGAGAAUAACGGAGAAAGAGAUGAAGAAUAGGAAACUUGUGCCAUGAAGCUGAGCAAAGAAAGAACGAAAGAAUCUGAAGAAUCCUUGCGACGAAGAGGAGGAACCCACCCACAAAAAAGACAAAACGACAAAGGAACGAAAAGAACUUUAACUAGAAAAAUUGUGGUUAAAUAUUUUUUGAUAUACACGAUAUAUAAAUAUAUUUAUAUACAUAUUCCAUAACUAUAUAGAUAAACGUAUUCCAUGUUAGUGCUUAAAUCUAAUUUAUUAUUUAUAGACUUUCCACCCAUCCAAUUCCCGUCCCCCCAUUCCAUGAACAAUAAUUAACCAUGCUAAGGAACAGUGUUUUUUAUGUAUUGCGGAGGAAAAGUCUAACUUGUGUAAUUGUGUAAGAAUGUUUUUUGCUCAAAAGCAAUUUUAGUUGUAAGUGAUACACCCACGCUAACUGUUAUACAAGCCACACGCACACACGCUCAAGCCUAAUACUGUUAUACUGUUAAACCGUGUACUUUAUAUAGCCAUUAUACAUAAACCUAUAUAUAGGAUUGAAACGCUUUGCAAUUAACAGCUUCUUUAAAACUCUUGAGCCUGGCCACUGUUAUACGGCCGUAUGCCCGUAUAACAGUGGCUUCGCCCAAUCGAUCUAGCAUUUAAUUAAAUCUAUAUAAAACAAAUAUGUGCGAUAUUUUUAUAUGCGGUUAAUGUAAUGUGUUGUGUAUUUUGACUCCACUCCACCUUGUAACUACGUUUAUACGCCUGCUAUUCAAUAUGUUUAAAAGUGUUUCAAGUGUUUACAAACAACUAAUACAAUUCCUUGUAAUCUCCAUACCGUUGAACAAAUGUAAUCAGUGUAGCAACAAUUUUCUGCCCAAUUGUAAAUAAGUUUACUAACUAGUAAUUUUUUGUUGCCUAGUUAUUUGGGUAGAUAAUUAUUUGUAGUUACAAUAAAAGCUUGUGUAUAAACGUA